AGCUGUGAGCCCGGAGCUGGUAGCACCUUACCGACUCUCUCUCUGCAGGAAAUAUCAGUUCCCGUGUCAUUUUUCAGUGGUAUUUUGUAGCCUGGGCACGGAUGAAGUUGUUUACAUACCGCGAGGUAACUACGAGUGGUAGAGGAGCUAAUUGAUGUGUGUAGUUGAGGGUAGAGCGGGGAGAAUAAGCCAUGUGGCGGUGGUGAAUAUUGUAGCCUCUGCUCUACGGGGCUUUUUGUAAUAGCAAGUGUCGUUUUGAGUGCGUGGUGUGUGUGUGAACCUUUAAUGUAAACCCCGGCACGAACUACAGUGUGAUAUCUUGCAAGUUUACCUUCCCCUCACAGUAUACUGGCCCAGUUUGUGUGGUGUGCGAAGCUGGGUGGGCCCGAGGUGUGGAUUUUGCCGUGAGAGCGCAGGAGUUGGCCAUCACCAACCUUCAGGAGUCCUGCUAUACUUCACUGCUGUAAACCCUGCAAGCACCACAUCGAUUUUUGACGAGGUGUGGGAUGACGCGCGGAGUAUGAGCUUAGUGAGAGCGGUAUCGGGGGCGGCGCCCCCCGGUGGCUCCUUGGGGCGAGGAGCUCCCUGGGUGCGGUGGCGGGGGCCCCUGCUAUUGCUGCUGCUGCUCCUGCUGGCGGCAGAGAUAGCAGGCGGGGGCGAGGGCAGAGACUCGCUGUUUAUAGUCGACAGGUUCGAGGACGAACCGUGGCAGCAGUUCACGCAUCUAACGGUGGACAAGAACACGGGGACGGUAUACGCAGGCGGCGUGAACCGCCUCUACCAGCUGGAUCCCAACCUGCGGGUGCUGCAGAACGUGGUCACCGGCCCCGUCAACGAUUCCAUCGAGUGCUCAGCCAACGACUGCAAGACCAGUGACACCAUCCGUACCAUGAAGGCCACGCAGAACGUAAACAAAGUGCUGGUGAUAGACUACACCCGCUCGCGGCUCAUCGUUUGCGGCACGGUGCGGCAAGGGUCGUGUCAGGUGCGGGACCUGCGGGACAUUCUGGCCCACACCCGCAAUGUGAGCGAGGCCAUCGUGGCCAACAACGCCACGGCUUCCACCGUGGCCUUCAUUGCCCCUGGCCCACCGAACCCACCCGUGACUCACGUCCUCUAUAUCGGCGUCACCUACACCGGCAAGUCAGUGUACCGCGACGAGGUGCCGGCUGUGGCCUCGCGCUCCCUCGAAGAUGACAAGUUCUUCGAAAUCGCGGUGACGGACGUGACGACAAGUACGCGGAUGCUGGUCAACUCGUUGGCCCGCGAGCGCUACCCAAUCUCCUACGUGUAUGGCUUCGGCUCCGAGAAAUUCAGUUACUUCCUGACGCGGCAGAUGGAGGAUACACACGCCGGAACGCCGUACAUCAGCAAGCUGGUGCGCGUGUGUCAGAACGACUCCGCCUACUACUCCUACACGGAGAUUCCCAUCGAGUGUAAGGACUCCCAGGGCAAGCGUUACAACCUUGCCCAGGCGGCCUAUGUGGGCAAGCCGGGCACAGAUCUGGCCACUCAGCUGGGUAUCCAGACUAACGACGAUGUCCUCUUUGCGGUGUUCUCACCAUCAGAACCCAGCGAGGGGGAAGGGUCACCGCGCCCUGCCCAAGCCAGCGCACUGUGCGUCUACAGCAUGAAGUCAGUGCGGCGCAUGUUCAUCAACAACAUACAGGAGUGUUUCAGAGGCAAAGGUGACAGAGGACUAGACUUCAUCUCCCCUUCACACAAAUGCAUCGAGACGAGAAUCAAUGACUUGAACGAGGACUUCUGUGGCAUGGACGUCAACACUCCUCUGGGAGGAGAGCAGCCUGUAGAAGGUCUAGCUAUACUCACCUUCCCUACCAGACUGACGGCAGUGGCUGCCACUUCUACUGAGGUCUACACUGUUGUCUUCCUCGGCACUGCCCAAGGGCACCUCAAGAAGGUUGUGAUAGAGAACCAGAACAAUGCUCUAGAAUACGAUGAUAUUGUUGUGGAUCAAGACUCUCCUGUCAGACAGGACAUGUACUUUGACAAGGCUGGCGACCAUCUCUACGUAAUGACCAGCAAUAAGAUUUCUAAAGUGAAGGCUCAGGAGUGUAGCAUAUAUGAAGGCUGUAACCAGUGUUUAGGUGCAAGGGAUCCCUAUUGUGGAUGGUGCUCCUUAGAAAACAAAUGUUCGCUGCGGCGGGACUGUCGUGAUGCCACCCAGGACCCCCAGCAUUGGGUCAGCUACAAGACUGGCCGUUGCACCACCAUCACCAAUGUCAUGCCAGACAAGCUUCAGAGAACUACUGCUCGCACUUUAUCGCUGACGAUUGACAACUUGCCAUCAGUUGAAGGUUCUCUGCAGUGUGUGUUCAGUGCCAUGAGUAAAGACUUGACCACAGACGCCAGACGCACUGCACAAGGAGUGUCUUGUACCACCCCAAGAAAUGACAUGCUGCCAGAUAUACCCCAGAAUGACCGUAUGUGUGAUGACAAAACCCAGUAUUAUUUUGUAAAUCUUUCCUGUAAAACUUCUACUUCAGACUAUUGCCAAAUUAUAAAUUAUCUUCAGUACACACCAAGGAUUUUUCCCAAGAUGGACCCUGGGAUGGUGGAAAAACCCAAAGUUACUAUUAAAGGUAUCAAUUUGGGUAAACACAUUGAUGAUAUCUACGAGGGUAUUACUGUAGCAGGAAUUACUUGUCAGCCAUACCGCAACUCUUACAUCAAGACUACAGAGGUUACUUGUAUGGUCGAUAGUCCAGGGGUCAAUGACUUCAAAGAGGGACCUAUUGUUGUCAAGGUGGCUCGAGAAUACAGAGGAGAAUCGUUGCAAAAAUAUAGAUUUGUUAAUCCUGAGAUAAAGGACCUCACCCCAGAUUCUGGGCCAAGAUCUGGUGGAACUCUUCUGCACAUAAUUGGGGAACACAUGAAUGCAGGCAGUCGUAUUGAAGCCUUCAUUAGUGGAAGACCAUGCAAGAUUCAAAGCACUAAUGCAACUGUGGCAACCUGCAUCACUUCAGCAUCAUCUGAUCUUCAGGAAGGAAAAAUUGAAAUGGUGUUUGAUAAUGGCCGUAGAAGACUGGAGAAGCAUUUCACUUAUGUCAAUGACCCAACAAUUAUAACUGUCAAGUCUGGGAGAGCAGGCCAAGCAGGACUUCGCAAUGGUCCCCGUGGCAUUCCCUCUGGGGGCAUAAUAAUCACAGUAGAUGGAACAAAUUUUGAUGUUAUUAGAGAACCCAAAAUGUAUGUAGUGUAUAAAGAAAAAGAAUAUACCAACCCAUGUGAAGUAAAGAAUUCAACAAGGAUGGAAUGCAAGUCACCCGCUAUAUCAAUUGGAAAUGAACGGAUAGACCAUGAAAAUGGAAUGAAGCUGGAUUAUGGGUUCAUUAUGGAUCACGUGAAGUCUGUUAGAAAUCUUGACAGUUUAGGAUUUUCACCCUUCCUUGUUUAUCCCAAUCCAGUGUAUUUUUCAUUUGAAGACUCUGAUAUGGUUAAACAAUACAAGUCAGAUUAUCUUACAAUCAAUGGUAAGAAUCUGGACCGAGCAUCCCAGGAGAUCGAUGUUGAGGUUCUCAUUGGCUCCGAGUCUUGCAACGUGACUUCACUCUCACGGUCACAACUAACAUGCCGACCCCCUAAAGAACAACCUGAAGCUCUAAACGGGGAUGGCUUCCCACAAGUUGUAGUAAUUGUUGGCAGUAAUCUGAGAUAUGAGAUUGGAUAUUUGAAGUAUGCUGGCACCACAGAUGUUGGCACACUGUCUAAACAAUUGAUCAUUGGGUUGUCUGUGGGUGCAGUGGUCUUAAUUUUCAUCUUGGUUGUCUGUUUAAUUGUUUACCGUCAGAAGAGCAAUCAGAAUUCAAGAGUCCUUAAGAGUAUGCAGGAGCAAAUGGAUGUCCUUGAACUUAGAGUUGCUGCUGAAUGCAAAGAAGCAUUUGCUGAACUUCAGACAGAAAUGACAGACUUAACAAGUGAUCUGAUUGGUGGCGGUAUUCCAUUCCUGGAGUAUCGUACGUAUGCAAUGAAGAUCCUCUUCCCUAACCUGGAAGAAACCACUGUGCUACAGAUGGACCGGCCAGACCUGGUCCGCAAGGAGAAGGGCCUCAAACUCUUUGGUCAACUAAUUAUGAAUAAGACAUUUUUAUUACUUUUCAUUCGUACACUGGAAUCCAAUAGAUAUUUCUCUAUGAGAGACAGAGUGAAUGUUGCUGCUCUUAUAAUGGUGGCACUGCAAGGCAAAAUGGAAUAUUGUUCAGAUAUUCUCAAGACACUUUUAGCUGACCUUAUAGAAAAAUGUAUUGAAGGAAAGAUACACCCUAAACUUCUAUUUAGAAGAACGGAGAGUGUGGCAGAGAAGAUGUUGUCUUCUUGGUUCACAUUCCUGUUGUACAAGUUCUUGAAGGAGUGUGCUGGAGAGCCGCUCUACAUGUUGUUCCGUGCCAUCAAGCAGCAAGUGGACAAAGGGCCUGUUGAUGCUGUUACCUCAGAAGCUAGAUAUUCAUUAUCAGAAGAAAAACUUAUUCGCCAGAGUAUAGAUUUUAAAGAAAUGACUGUAUACGUAUCUAUGUGCAACUUAUACAUGGGAGCAGUUGAUGGUCCUAUGGAGAGCGGAGAGACACCAGUUAAGGUCCUGGAUUGUGACACAAUCUCUCAGGUUAAAGAAAAAUCCCUUGAUGCAAUAUACCGGUCCUACCCAUACUCCCAGCGACCACGGAGAGAAGACCUGGAUCUUGAGUGGCGUACAGGCACCUCAGGUCGACUCAUCCUAUACGACGAAGACACCACCACUAGGCCUGAGGGAGGCUGGAAGAAGCUGAACACUUUAGCCCACUAUAAUGUUCCUGAUCUGGCCCAGUUAACCCUCAUACCUAAACAGUCAUCAAUAUAUAACUACAUGUCAAUUCUUUCUGAUAAAUCAGAUAAGUCACACCACAAGUACGAGACAUUAAAUAUGAAUAAAUACACAUCUGCCAGUCCGCCCCUCUCGCGGGCCACAUCGCCCCUUAACCACGAUAAUGAAGCGGGGGUUAAGGUUUGGCAUUUGGUUCGUCAACAAGAAUCAGAACAGCGUGAGGGAGAGCGCACAAAUAAAAUGGUAUCAGAGAUCUACCUCACACGUCUGCUGUCCACGAAGCUCACGCUACAAAAAUUUGUUGAUGAUCUGUUCGAGACGAUAUUCAGCACUGCACAUCGGGGUUCUGCUUUGCCCCUUGCUAUAAAAUAUAUGUUUGAUUUCCUUGAUGAUCAAGCACUACAGCAUGGCAUCACGGACCCUGAGGUGGUACAUACUUGGAAGAGCAAUAGCCUGCCCCUCAGGUUUUGGGUCAACCUUAUAAAGAAUCCCAACUUUGUAUUUGAUAUUCAUAAGUCCAAUAUUGUGGAUGCCUGUUUAUCAGUAGUCGCUCAGACCUUCAUGGAUUCUUGCUCCACUUCUGAUCAUAGAUUAGGAAAAGAUUCUCCAAGUUCUAAAUUGCUAUAUGCCAAAGACAUUCCUAUUUACAAGGAGUGGGUCGAGCGUUAUUAUGCUGAUAUAAAGAUCAUGCAACCUAUAUCCGACCAGGACAUGAAUGCAAUGCUAGCAGAAGAGUCCCGGAUGCACACCACAGAGUUCAACAGCCUAGCAGCCCUAGCAGAGCUAUAUAACUAUGCAUUCAAGUACAGUGACCAGCUGAUGAUCACAUUAGAGGAAGACGAGUUCUCCACAAAGAAUCGCCUGGCAUAUCGACUAGAGCAAGUGCACAACAUAAUGACAACCGAUCAGGAAUGACAGGACGCCCCCCCUGACCCUCGGGCUGGACCAGAUCAACAGAGGGUACCAACUUCAGGGCCUGUGGGCCCUGGCUCCUACUCACCAGGUCCAUAUGGAGGGUCCCCCCCACAUCACGCUUAUCCCGGGGGACCGUACGGGGUUUCUCCGCCACAGUCUGCUGUUUAUGAUGGCCAGCUGGAAACAAUGUUCACUUACCGUGGACAGGGUGCCGCCAUGGGAGAUGGGGGCCAAGGGGGGGUAGAUGGCAGUGUGUAUGGUCUGUACGGUGUGCCGCAACAUGCCAGACUCUCACCCGGGGCAUAUGGAAGUGCACAGUUUCCAAAUAGAGGGACACCACAGGUGUAUGAAUUUGAAUAUGAAGAGCCUCGAUUCACUUGAGGCUUGGUGGUGAGGAGUGCUGUGUUUCUGCUCAAAAUAUGUUGCUGUGUGUGCAACAGGACAGAAAAACAAAGUGCCUCACACCAAAGGCUACAAUGGUGCCCCGGAGUGAGCAUGAAAAAUAGGCAACAAAGCAACGAACAGACUUGCCCACCAGCAAGAAAGAAACAGAAGCAGCAAGACUUUACAUUAUGCACUACAGUAAUUUUGUACCAAAUUCCCAGGCGUCUAAUAAACUCAUUUGUGACUGAAGGUGCAUUCUGCAGUCAUUGUCUUUUAAUGAGAUUAUCUUGGUGCUGUUUCUUAUGUGUGCAAUGUAGACUGCAAGCUGAGUGCUGCUACCUGGACAAAAACUAUGGUUAGCACUUAAGUGGUGCUCACACAGUGUGUCAGAAAACAGCAUCUUGUGUUUAGUGUCACUUUUUUAAUUGCCAGUCCUGCCCUGAACACUCGUUUGACCUUUGCUCUUCCGUCUUCCAUCAAGAUUGCACGUGACUCCAGCACAAGACUCUGCUGUUUACAAGACAGGACUCCGCUCAAAAAGCCGCCACAAAAAGAGUCCAGUGUUGGAGGUUUAGUGAUACUGUACUGUAAUUCAAAAUUUGCUGUUAUUGCUACUUGAAUAUCUAAAAUUAUGUGAAGGAAUGUCACAAUUGGCAUUCAGUUCCCAAAGGAAACUAUAUCAGAAUUAUUCAGGAUAUUAAUGGAUUUUUUCCAUAGACUUUAACAAGGAGAAAGAAACUAUUUUACAACUUAGAACUCCUUGAAUGCUGUACAGAUGAUCAUCCAUAUUCCCUGCAUUUAAAAGCAUAGCAAUCAUUACUCUCGAUAAGCUUCUGUUUGUCCAGGUUUAUAAACUGAGUGCAUUAACAUGUCGCUGCUCUGUUACCGUAUGUAUCAUUUCAUAUGUGCAAAAAACUUUAAGAUGUUUCAAGUUUUCAUGUGAUAUUUCUAUGUGUACGAAACUGCGUGUGUGAUUGUGUGUGCAUUCUGUUACUGCCAUGUGCAUGCGUGAGUGUGUGCGCAGAGAAGAAAGCCAUGUGUGUGUUGUCUCGGUGUUUUGCGGACCUCUCAGCUUUUUGAGCAUAUUUUGCUUGCAUGGUGGAGAUGAAAUUUUUUUUAUUUUUUUAUCAUUAACCUACAUACACCUCAUGGUUUACAGAAUGACUGUAGCUCAUAACAUCAAAAAGAGUAUCAUAUUACCUGACCUCUGAUUCAUGGAUAUCACCAGGAUGCUUAGGGUGUGGCUGGAAGGCUGAGUGUGCCAAUGAUUCCUGAUGACUAGAAUAAAGCUCCACCAUGCUUGCAGAACUUGACAUGAGGAAGCCUCUGUGCUCAUAAGUAGCUGUUUCCAAAAUUUGGUUCAUCCUGGGUGUCCCAGUGAUCUACGCAAUCCACAGUAUAUUCAUAAAUCAUUUCAUCACCAACAUUCACUUACAUAUACUACAUUUUAUUUUCGUUUUAAGUUUUGAUUGGGAAAGUUCCAUAAAGUUUUAAUCAUGUUGGCAUUGCCACAGCAGCUGACUAUAUCAAUAAUUUUAUGUAGUUGGAGAUGGCCAAGAUUUUAGUGACACUGCUCCUUAUUUAUAAAAGGAUAUAAUUUUUCUAAGAGCUAUGGACUAAUGAUCCUCUAUGUAUUUCCAUGUUUUGAGCUUUUAGGUACAUAUUACGAAGUGAGUGCAGACAAGGAUUUUUGCAAAAUCUUGAAUACGCCUAUUUUUCAGUGUAAUUUUUCAGACUAUCAAUCUUAUAAAUUGAGCUUGAUUUGGCACCUCUGGCAAUAGAGACUCAGUGAGGGAUGGGAAAGGGGACAUGUUAGAAAGUGUACAUGUUCUUUUUAGGCAGUUGGUCAAGCUAACCUAAAACAAAAAAUAUAUUUUUUGGAGAUUUUUUUUUUUUCUCUUUUGCUGAUAGAUAUAUUUUGAAAAUCAACUUGGUAUAUAAAUUUUCAAUUCUACACCAAAACAUGCCUAAUGUUGCUAAAAUUGGUAUAAUUACCUGGAUAUUUGCAGAUCUUGGAUAAGCCAAAAUUUAGUUUAAA